AUGUCCAAAGAUAUCGACAUGACCUCUUCCGACGAGGCCGUCGCCGUUUCCAACAAGGAGCGCCGGGAGAAAAAAGACAAAAAGGAAAAGAAGGAGAAGAAGCGCUCCAAGUCCGAGUCCAAGGAUGAGGUCGCAGAAGCUAGCGCCAGUGAAGAGGAAGCGCCAGUAAAAGCAGAGACGCCAGCGAAGAAGCGCAAACGAGAUAUCCUCCCCGAAGAGCUCGAAAUCGAUGUCAACCUCCCGGAGCCGGUCUCCAAGAAAGCCGCCCGCAAAGCGAAGAAAGUGAAGCUGAACCCUACACCCGCCGCCGAGGGAGAAGAGGGAGACGCCGGCACAAAGACAGAUGGCGAAGCAAAGGGGGCCAAGGAUGCAGACGGCAAGCGAUCAGCAUACGGUGUAUGGAUUGGAAACCUGCCGUGGUCUGCGACCAAGGAUUCAUUGCGAACAUUCCUGUCCGAGAAUUCAGAAAUCGCAAGCGACCAGAUAACCCGCGUCCACAUGCCCCCACCUACAAAGGUCAACCCGAGCUGGACAACUAAGCCUCUGAACAAGGGCUUCGCAUAUGUCGACUUCUCCACAGAACUAGCAAUGUACUCCGCCAUUGCCCUGACAGAAACUAAAAUGGACGGCCGUGCCCUACUCAUCAAGAACGCAAAGAGCUUCGAGGGACGGCCAGACAAGCCAAAGACAGAAGAAGGCCAGGACAAUCGCCGCGCAGCCGGCGCAGACAAAUCGGGUCACCCACCCAACAAGCGCGUCUUCAUCGGCAACCUCUCCUUCGACGUGACCAAAGAAGACCUGCAAGAGCAUUACGCGCAAUGCGGCGACAUCGAAGACAUCCACAUGGCCACCUUUGAAGACUCGGGCAAAUGCAAGGGCUACGCCUGGAUCACCUUUGCUGACGUGGAAUCCGCCACGUGGGCCGUCAAAGGCUUCGUCUUCAAAGACGCAGCCGAAUUCAAAAGGAAGGGCAAAAAGGACGAUAGCGACGAUGAAGACGACGACGACGCAAAACCUGAGAAGAAGAGGAAAUGGUUCAUCAGCAAGUUCAUGGGCCGUGAGCUGCGAUGUGAGUUUGCAGAGGAUGCGACGACACGUUAUAACAAGCGCUGGGGCAAGGAUAGGCCCGUCAAGGCUGUUGAUGGCGUUAACCCGGAUCGCUGGAGGAACUUUGAUCAAGGCGGUGAUCGUAAAGCAGGCCGUGGGAAUAACGAGCGAGGCGGUGGGUCGAAGCGCAAGGUUGAUCCGCGAACAAUCAAGAGCGGUGCGGCGCAUUCGAGGUAA